CCACGUACACCGAUGCAUCCAUAGCAUCGAGCUCUCUUGGCUGGAUUGAGGCUGGGUUGCUAACGGUCUGUCAGGUAUCACACAUUGGGCUUGAAGGGGGAAGAGCAGCGGUGGAGAAGAAGGGCGACCCAAGCGCCGCUACGAAAUGGCCGGGCAACAGUUCCAGUACGAUGACAGCGGCAAUACCUUUUUCUAUUUCCUAACGUCCUUCGUCGGACUUAUUGUGAUCCCGGCCACAUAUUACCUCUGGCCCCGGGAUCAAAAUGCUGAACAACUGCGCCUAAAGAGCCUACGGAGGGUGCACGGCAGGUGUCUGUGGUAUCGGCUCAGGCUGAUGAAGUCGCAGCAGAGCAUCGUGCCAACACUAAAGAAAGCAGCCUUGUUAUUUGGGUGGCUCGUGUUUCUGCUGCUGGCCUACAAGGUGUCCAAGCUGGACAGAGAGUACCAGGAGUAUAAUCCAUAUGAAGUUCUCAGCUUGGACCCGGGUGCAUCGCUGUCAGAAAUCAAGAAGCAGUACCGUGUACUGUCACUCAAGUAUCACCCUGACAAAGGUGGCGAUGAGGCCACAUUCAUGAGAAUUGCUAAGGCCUAUGCUGCUCUAACCAAUGAACAGUCAAGGCAGAACUGGGAAAUGUAUGGAAACCCUGACGGCCCAGGAGCAACCAGCUUUGGCAUUGCCCUGCCUGCCUGGAUUGUUGACCAGAAGAACUCAAUGCUGGUGCUGUUGGUGUACGGACUUGCCUUUAUGGUUAUCCUUCCUGUUGUUGUGGGGACAUGGUGGUACCGCUCAAUCCGAUACAGUGGAGACCAGAUCCUCAUCAACACUACCCAGCUCUUUAUGCAUUUCAUGUGCAAGACACCAAAUAUGAACAUGAAACGGUUAAUCAUGGUGUUGACGGCAGCACUCGAAUUUGAUCCUCGGAACAAUAAAGAAGCAACCAUAAGACCCACAGACAACGUUGAAGUGCCGCAGUUGAUCCGUGAAUUAGGAAAUAUCAACGUGAAGAAGAAGGAGCCUCCGUUCUACUAUCCCUACAGUCUGAAGGCCAGGGUGUUGGUGUUAGCUCACUUGGCCCGCAUGGACGUGUCUGAGGAAUUAGAGGAAGAUCAGAGGUUUGUGGUGAAAAAGACUCCAGCGCUUCUCCAGGAGAUGAUCAAUGUGGGCUGUCAGCUUAUUUUUAUGGCCAACAGCAGAGGUUUCAGUGCUCCUCGCUUGGUGACUAUAGAGAACUGUAUGAAAUUGACCCAGAUGAUAGUGCAGGGCCUGAAGGAGUCAAAGUCACCGCUGCUGCAGCUGCCUCACUUUGAAGAGGAGCACCUCCGAUACUGCAUUUCUAAAAAGUAUAAGGUGCGAACCCUCCAGGACUUGGUGAGUCUGAAGGACUCCGACAGACGAAACAUGCUGCGUUUCCUUGGAGAGGAGAAGUACGACGAGGUCAUGGCUGUGCUGGGCAGCUUCCCUCACAUCACCAUGGAUAUCAAACUGCAGGUCCUUGAUGAUGAAGACAGUAGUAACAUCACGGCAGGCUCAAUCGUCACAGUAACCGUCACCUUAAACAGGAAACGGAUGGCGGACAUGUUUGAACAAGAGCAAGAGCCAGUGCCGUGUCAAGGAGAUGAGACUGCCACUACAGAGGAAGCACAAGGAGACACAAGUAAAGCCAAAACCAAAGUGUGGCAGAACAAGAAUAAAGGGGCUAAAAAGACAGCCAAGUCCAAGAAGAAAAAGUUAACCAAGAAGAAAGCCACUCCUGCUCCUGCCAAAAACAAGCAGGCCAAUGGCACCGUGGCAGGAAAUGAAGUCGCAGCAACAACAACAGCAGCAACUGUGGCGACAAAGGAGGAAGAUGAUGAUGGGUCAGACAAAGGCAGCGAGUCAGACGAGGGCGAAGCCAACAAGGAUUCUCCGAGCGAAAGAGACGAAGACAGCGACAAACAGAGCGACACAGAAGUCGACGAGAUGGCUGGUGACGACGAGGAGGAGUGGGAGGCGUUGCAACAAAGCAUCCAGCGGCGAGAGCGGGCCCUGCUAGAAACCAAGUCAAAGGUGACACACCCGGUCUACAGUCUUUACUUCCCAGAGGAGAAGCAGGAGUGGUGGUGGCUCUACAUUGCUGACCGCCGAGAGCAUACCCUCGUCUCCAUGCCCUGUCACGUGUGCACGCUAAAAGACACAGAAGAGGUGGAGCUCAAGUUUUCAGCCCCCUCCAAAACGGGCAACUACCAAUAUUCUGUUAUCCUUCGUUCUGAUUCCUACCUGGGACUGGACCAGAUCAAACCACUCAAGUUGGAGGUCCACGAGGCCAAGGCCAUUCUGGACAACCACCCGCAGUGGGACAUCCCCGACACAGAGGAGGAGGACGAGGAGCAAGAGGACAGCGACGGCAUCGAGGAGAGUGAAGAUGACGAUGAGGACAACGACUGAGCGCGUGCGCACGCGCUCAGCCCUCCCCCUCCCUCCUCCCUUUACCCUCCCAUGGACUUGGCCACACAUUCACUGCUGACCCCGCUCAAGCCAGAAAGCAGUCAGUGAGGAGCAGCGAAGCCACAAACACUCACAGAGUCACCGGGGACAGUUUAUACACACAGAGCCCUCCUCCAUUUAACCUUUGCAAAGUCAUGGACUGUGACCUGAACCCCGACACCCCGAAAUUCUCUUUUCUACAGAGACUUGUUUAUUCACUUUCCGCUGCUGGCGGAAGAGAAUUCUGUGAAUACUAACAGGCCUGUUGUGUGUGUGUGUGUGUGUGUGUGCGGGUGUGCGUGUGUGUGUGUGAGCGGGUGUGCGUGCGAGUGCGUCAAUGGUAUGUAACCUUGUGUGUCUUUGUACAGGUAUGGCAAAUGGACACACUGUGGACUGGAGGACCUAUUGUUAGAAUUCUAAUUAUUAUUAUUAUUAUAGUUAUUAUUAUUAUUAUUAUUAUAUUGGCUCUUUUCUUCUUUUCUUGACAGGGAGUGGGGAUGUAUAACCGCCAAUUCCAUCUGCAAAAUUAAAAAUGCUGAUCUCCGUAUGGAAAUCAUUCUCAACACACUUUGCUCCUGUUUUUAAUAAUGCUCAGCACCAAUGUUUUCCACAGCAGUGAUGCUUUCUAUUGUACAUUUAUACUGCAGAAGCACGAAGUUCAGUCCUCCUUGUUGGACAUCGCAACCAAGUCAGCCAUUUGGGAUAUUUACUUACUUCCACUGUCAAAUCAGCCAUUCGUUUGUCCGUACACGUAUUUUUGACAGAGAUAUCCAGUCCUGUAAGUGAUGCCCCUUUUCCCCGCGUGAUUCACUUUAAAAUGUAUUUUAUUUUUCCGAAAGAGAAGACGGUUGAUUGAAAGCAGGUGGAGCUCGAGUUGAAAUGUGAUCUCAAAUGUAACUGGAGGGGAAGUUAAAGAAACUUGCAGUGUUAGGGUUUGUUUGAAUGAGUCAUCUUUUAGUUUAGCACUAAAAGAUGUGUCUUCAGUCUUUUUUGGGGCUAAGAUACUGAUGUCAAAAUAUAUAUAAAUGUAUUAGAGAGAGCAUUACAUAGUUACUUCCCUUAUCUCAAUCUUUUUUCCUUUUUUUUUUUUUUUUGCCGCACAUUCCAGUGUGUACUCCUUGUCUGAAAAAGGCCUUACGAAUACAACUAAAAUACUGCAACAUACAAGUCCUUGGGUGCUAUGCACCACUGGUUCCUGAGAGAGAAGUAAAUUUUUUUACUUGUGUAAGAAUCUUUAGUGUUGGUUUUCUUUUUCUUUUCUUUUUUGAUAACCUGUAGCUCAUAAGUAUUGGGAUACAUAUCACUGAUUUUGUCAUCACAAUACCUCCCAUAAGUACAGUUAUUUUGCAGUUGUAUGUGCAUUGUGAGUGUAAAAGUGAGUAUGAUAUCCCCGUUAGAGAGACACACACAGCACUCAUCUGGGGAAAAAAACUGUUAAACUUGCUUUUUGUUUUUUUUUCUUAAGCAGAACAGGCUUAGGUUUGCAGUUACUGCCAUGUCAGAUUGAGUGUUUUUUUUUUGUUGUUUUUUUUUUUACCAAACCUGGGAGUUUUCCAUUUUUCUGAGGCACACAGAGCGGCUCAGGCUCCCACUUUCAUUGGUAUUUUUUCCGUUAAUCGUGUAAUACAUAAAUGUGUGUCUGGUUUUGUUGUAAUCUAACCUUGAUUUUUACAUGUGUUAGACUUUGGGAAGGGAAAAAAAAGAACAGAGAUACUUUGAGUAGUUCUGUGGGCUCUUGCUGUAUCCUGGCAACUUGGCAGUUUCAGUAAUGUGUAAUCUAUCACCACAAAUAUCCAUACAGUUGUGUGGUUUUUUUUGUUUUUUGUUUAUUUUUAUUUUUUUUUACAGUGCUUACUAGUGUAUCAUGUCAAUGUGGGAGAGAUGAAAGUUUAAGCAUGCUCUCCUAGCACCACAUACGCAUUCACACAAUCUCACAUGUGCAAACUAUACUCAUCUGUAGUUGUGUUCAGAGCAGGUGUACGCUAACAGGUAAUAUUGUAAUCUGAGUAUUUAUCACUCUGCAAUAGAAUGUAGCAUCAGUGAUUUAUGCUGUGGGGGGGAGAAUGCAGUGAGGUAAAAUACGCCAUCCCACCCAUGACAGACCUUAUCCAGGCAACUGGCCGGCAAGUUGCCUCAGUUUGGACAAAUGACUACCCAAUGAUUAUCUGCCACUUUUGUUUACAAAGGAACUGUCAUUGUAAAUGAAAAACUAUAUUAUUUGUAUUUAAAAAUCAUUUCAAAUAAAA